ACAGUGAAUGAGUAAUUAUACUCUUCAUAACGACAGUGACACUGAUUCUGCUGUAGAUGAUCUGUAGAUUAAGUCCAGAGUCUGUUCUUCCUAUGUUUGUGAUCGUCAGAGAUCCAGUCUGUUUUCUGCUAAUGUAACACAUGCAACCAAACAGCAGCAGAAAGCCACAGUUUCACACAUGCCCUCAUCAGAUAUGAGUCUCAUGAAUGAUCUUCAACAACUUAAUGCACAUCAUCUCAAAUCCUGAUUUCGGCUGUAGUGAAGCACCUCUGAAACGAGCACAAUCAUUUUUAGUGAGUUGAUAUAAAAUGAUUAAACUAUAAAAUAAAACAAAAACUAAAAACUUUUUGGGACUAAACUUGUUAAUAUCUGUGUGAAACAGGCUCACUGUGUUUCUAUUGCUGUUCUGCUUCUGUGUCAAAUGCAGUUUCUCCUCGCGUUUAGUGGAUUCAAGCUCAAAGCUGGACAGAAAGAAACUGUUCACCUACAAACUGAACACACUCGCUAUGGAUGCCAGUUUGCAUGACACAAACUGUUUGUCCACCCGACAGAUCAAACCACAUUUCUCAAGAAAGCAAACCGCAGCAGUUUCAGUUUGACUCCGAUGAGGAGUGUCUAUGAGCUCAUACACAAUUUUAACUUUGUACUUCCCCAAACUUUUCUACUUCUAGUCCUGAAUACAUCUACACAACCAUUUUUUUUAAAUCACCAGAGCUAGGCUGCUUUAGUUUGAUAUGACACAUGGAAGUACAAGCACAUUUGCAUUAGGAGGCUCACACGGUGUAUGUUUAGUUCAGCUGUGCUUUCAUUGAUAGUGCUUUUAGACAAGACAUUUCCCUGAACAACCGGAAAUGUUACUCAUCAUUGUUUUCUUCUGUUCGUGCUGCUGGUGUCUGAUCGGUGUGUUUGGUGAUUCAGUGUCAGUGAUGGAGGGAGAUUCUGUUACUCUACACACUGGUCUUACUGAAAUACGUGAAGAUGAAGACAUACUGUGGAAAUUUGGAGCUAACAAGUCUCAAAUAGCUAAAAUCAAGAAAAAGAAGCAAAUCUUCUUCACAUAUAAUGAUACUGAUGAGAGAUUCAGAGACAGACUGAAGCUGGACGAUCAAACUGGAUCUCUGACCAUCACAAACAUCUCAACUGAACACUCUGGAGAUUAUGAACUAGAGAUAAGUGGAGCGAAAAAAUCAUCAAAAACAUUCAGUGUUUCUGUCUAUGCUCGUCUGCCUGUUCCUGUCAUCAGCAGUAACUCUUCACAAUGUUCUUCAUCCUCCUCAUCCUCAGAGCAGAAUUGUUCAUUGGUGUGUUCAGUGGUGAAUGUGGGUCAUGUGACUCUCUCCUGGUACAAAGGAAACAGUUUAUUGUCCAGCAUCAGUGUGUCUGAUCUCAGCAUCAGUCUCUCUCUACCUCUGGAGGUGGAAUAUCAGGAUAAAAACAGCUACAGCUGUGUGCUCAACAAUCCCAUCAGCAACCAGACUCAACACCUGGACAUCACUCAGCUCUGUCACACAUGUUCAGCACCAGACGGAGCGUCUCCUUCACACACAGUCUCUCUGAUCGUGCUGAUCGCUGCUGGAUCUCUGCUGAUCAUAACUCUGUUUGGGAUCUUCUGCAUCCACAGGAGAAACAGAAAAACUGAUCAAGAAGCUGUUGCUGUUGAUAAUGAAGCAGUUCAGACUCGUGAUGAAGACAUCACUUACGCCGAUCCGGUGUUCUACAAACGAAAUAAACAAAAGCCGAAAGCUGCUGAGGAGAUUCAUGUGGAGUAUGCACCUAUCUGCAUAAGAAGAUGAAACUUUAAUCUUUUCCAAAGUAAAGAAGUCCCUUUUAUUUAGCAUAUGGUUUAUAAAUGUGAUCUUUGAUCUUUGAUGAAGUUUCGGUAUGGUUGAGACUCUGAACUUUACACAAAUUCUGACAUAAAAAUUUAAUAGUUUGCAUAAAUGAUCUGGUUCACAACAUUCCCACUGGGAGUGUUGUGAUUUUAUUUCCUUAAAUAUACACAGAGAUGUGGUUUAAUCAGUUUCGUGAACAGUGUGUGCAUACGAGUGCCUAUAAUGAAACACUGGCUAAUGUGCAUUUGUGAGCGCACGUUAAAGGUGUGAAUAGCUUGUGGUUGAAGGUCUUUUUCCACUGCUGUUAAUGCGAAACUCUCAGUUUCUGUGCAACU